AUGGCACCCCUCAACGUCUGCAUGAUAGGCACAGGCGAAUACACCACAGGCUUCGUAGACGGCAGCGCCUCCGGCAGCGACAAGAAAGUCGGCGUCGUAGGCCUCACCCUCUUCGACCUGCGCCGACGAGGCAAAGUCGGCGCCCUCUCCAUGGUCGGCACGUCCGGCCAGAAAUUCCCAGCAAUCCGCAUCCACCUCCACCAAAACAUCACCCUCGCCUACAACAACCUCGACACCUCCUUCACCUCCUUCCCCGCCGACGAUAGGCGCGACCCGGAAGCCUACAAGCAAGCCAUCGACGCCCUCUCCCCGGGCGACGCCAUCACCAUCUUCACCCCAGACCCCACGCACUACCCCAUCGCCCUGUACGCCAUCCGCAAACACAUCCACGUCAUGAUCACCAAACCCGCGACGCAGCUCCUCUCCCACCACAUACACCUGCUCCAAGAAGCCCGCACGCACAACGUCCUCGUCUACAUCGAGCACCACAAACGCUUCGACCCCGCCUACGCCGACGCGCGCAACCGCGCCCUCAAAGGCAGCCUGGGCGACUUCAACUACUUCUACAGCUACAUGUCGCAGCCCAAAUCCCAGCUGCAGACCUUCGCCGCGUGGGCCGGCAAAGACUCCGAUAUCUCGUACUACCUCAACAGCCACCAUAUCGACAUCUGCGAGUCCAUGGUGUCGCACACGCACCGGCCGGUCAAAGUCACCGCGUCCGCGUCGACGGGGAUCGCCACGAGUUUGAACUGCGACCCGAAGACCGAGGACACCAUCACGCUGCUCGUCGACUGGGAGUCCCUCGACGGGCAGGGCCGUCGCGCAACGGGCGUGUACACCGCGUCGUGGACGGCACCGCAGAAGGCAGGCGUGCAUAGUAACCAGUACUUCCACUAUGUCGGUUCGAAGGGCGAGGUGCGCGUCAACCAGGCGAAGAGGGGUUACGAUGUGACGGAGGACGAGGGCGGAUUGGCGUGGUAUAAUCCUUUUUAUAUGAAGUAUGCGCCGGAUGAAGAAGGAAACUUCGCCGGCCAAUCCGGCUACGGCUACAUCUCGUUCGAAAAAUUCGUCGACGAAAUCCAAUCCCUGAAAGAAAACCGCGCGUCGCUCGACGACCUCGACGCACGCGGUCUGCCCACCCUCAAAAACACCAUCGCCACAGGCGCGAUCCUCGAAGCCGGACGGAGGAGUCUGGACGAGAAGAGACCCGUGGAGAUUGUGCAGGAGAAAGAGGGCGAGUGGAGUUUGAAGUAG